AUGGUGGAGAGAUUGCACCGACAACUGAAGGCAGCCAUCAAGUGCCAUAAUAAUUCCAGGUGGACCAAAAUUUUACCUUCUGUAUUGUUGGGAAUCAGGUCAGCGUGGAAGGAAGAUAUGCAGUCAACAGCCGCUGAGAUGUUGUACGGACAACAACUUCGUCUUCCUGGGGAGUUACUGUGUUCUGCAGACAACUCUGUCAGUGCACGCACGCAAUCUGCCUUCGUCAAGGAACUACGAGAACAUAUGAGUAGGUUAUUAUCGUUUUUAAUAGCAGGUAUCGUUCACUGUCUGGGUGUCGGUCACGGUACCUUUUACCCUACGUUGCGACCAACGCAAGGUACAAGGCAUGGCACCAAGUCAACAUUUAUUUUCAAGGGUCUUCGAACGAGUCACUUUGUGUUUCUCCGUACGGAUUCUGUCCAAGCACCGCUUCAAAAUCCGUAUGAGGGACCCUUCAAGGUUAUUUCGCGCGGGGAAAAAACAUUUGUGAUUGAAGUGCGCGGCAAAAACAUUACAGUUUCAAUAGAUCGGUUGAAACCAGCUUAUAUUGCGGAAGAUAUCAUCGACGAGAGUGAUAGUGAAGACGACGAAGUGUCAAUAUAUGUUCCGGCACCAAUACUGGGUCCGGAACCACUUCCGAGAGACGUUCCGCAAGUGGUUCCAGUUCCGGAACCAGCUGCAGUACCUGAACCAAAUGUGGAUCCUGAACGUGGUAUACGUACGCGAGCGGGUAGGCGUGUAAGAUUUCCAGAUCGCCUUCAAGCCGGUUUUUCGUGA